AUGAAACAGUUCUUUACCACUCUGGGAAAGGCGACAGGGUUUUUCACUGUCCUUAUUGUUGCAAUCGCCGCCGUUUUGAGUUAUUUCGACGACCCCGAGCCGGUUAAAUACAAAAGGUAAAUUAAAGCUGAGGUUAUGAAUUCUUUCUAUAUAAGCUAUGACUGACACUUUAUGGUGUUUACUUUACAGAACUCAUAUAUACCUCUUGUAAUGUUACAUUUAUAGACAUUUGUACCAUUACAGUAAAGAAGUAAAUAACUAUGACUGCAGAGGACACAGGCUACAAUGGCACCCAAUUGAGAUGUUUACACCCUGGCAUAAAAAACAUGUUAGAUUUUGGGACACAUUAAGUGAGUGCACUUAUUUUUCACUUUGCUUUGGUUCACAGCAUGGCUCAAGACAUGAAGUCUCUGGAGGAAAACUUCAAACAGCAGAAUAAGAGCUGCUUCAUCCUCGGUGCUUCAGGAGAAACAGGAAAGGUGCUGCUCAAAGAGCUGCUGGAGCGCAACAUCUUCUCCAAAAUCACCCUCAUCGGGAGGAGACAGCUCACCUUUGAGGACAAAGCAUAUGAAAACCUGGUGAGAGAGCCGACACCUGAUCCACCUGCGAUCCAUCUACCGUACAGUGACAUUUUACCUGGCUGAGGCUGUGUUUUUAUCUUUCCAGGUGCAAGAGGUGGUGGACUUUGAAAAGCUUGAUGAUUACGCAGCUGCCUUCCAGGGCCAUGAUGUCGGCUACUGCUGCCUGGGGACAACCAAGGCCAAAGCAGGGGCUGUAAGCUCAAGUUUUGAAACCCAGUGUUGGUACUUAAGUCGUGAGUUUACUCAAGAUAGAUUUCAAAGUCAUAGUACAGCACAAAACUGCCAAAUUCAACAAAUCUGUUUGCACCUGUCAGCAAUGACUCAGCAAUUUCUUCAUAAUGCACUCAUGGCCCCUGUUAAGCAGGUCUGACAAGUCGGUGUAAAAAUAUUGGUUUAUUCCAAAUACUCAUUCAUAAACCAGUGAAAAAAUUACUAAUGUGGUGUUAGGGAAAGAAAUGUAAUAUAAAAAGGUUUAAAACUUUUAUUGAUAUUGCUGUAUUGCUGUGAUAUAACAGUCCCCAUGACUGCAAUAGUUAGUUUAACCCUCAAGUCUAACCUUCAGCUCUACACAUUUAUUUAUUUUAUCUGACUUGCAUUUUGCCAAGUUGUUGUGUAGCUACUUAUAUCUUGUGACAAACAAUUAGAUUCUUAGCUCUUGCAACUUUUACUACAUUCGUGUGAAUAUCUGAGUUUUCUGCAACUUUCCUGCUUUAUAUCAGGAGGGAUUCAUUCGCGUUGACCGAGACUACAUUCUAAAAUCAGCGGAGCUCGCAAAGGCAGGAGGAUGCUCACAGUUUCACCUGCAGUCCUCCAGGGGAGCCGAUAAAAACAGCAACUUUCUCUACCUCAAAAUCAAGGUAUUUGUAUGCUGCACCCCUGAUCUAUUCUUAACUUAAGCUUACUUUUGUGUCAUACUGGACAAUCACUCAAAGGUGAAAAUGAAACUUUUUUUUCUUCCAGGGACAAGUAGACGCAAAAAUUGAGGAGUUUGGUUUUGACAGAUAUUCUGUUUAUCGACCAGGGUGAGUGAAACACACUCAUUCUAGAAAAUCAGCAUUUUUUUUUUUUAACAGAAGUGUUAAAACUGUGAUAAAUUUUACCCUGUAACUUUGGCAAACACCAAAUAUUUGCACACACAUGGUUGCAAACAUUAUCUGCAUUAUGUCCGCUGCAGGAAAUGACCCCAAAGCACACUAGAUUGUGGCUUUCUUAGUUUUUGGUGUUUGUAUUACAUUGAUAAGCUCAGCAUUUAUUAAUUUCAAUGUGCCGUCAGCUUUAUUAAAGUUUUAAAGCGGUAGUCUCAAUACUUGUAGAGUCUCUUGACCACUAAUGAGAGCUGUUAGCUGUAUUCUUUGAUAAAACAAACAGGCUGUAAAGAGCAAACAAAAUGAAGACUAAAAUAAAGACUACAAACAAAUAUGAUGUUCAUAUAGAGCUACAGAGCACAACUCAUCAGUGAGUAUGCAGACGGCUACUUUAAAGUCAAGCUGUUUGCAAAACAGACUGAGUUCUUUUUAAUUGAUGCUAUUAUAUGAGCAACAAAUGCAAAUCAGACCAUCAGGUAAAAACAAUACUUAUUUCUGUUUACUGAUUUCUAAUGAUUGGAAACAUUGCUGCAGCCAGGGUAGGUGGCUAUCAGCUAUACAUAUAAAUAGAAAUGUUUUCAUUCGCCAGUGUCAAUAUCAUGCUGAUAAUAUUGUGCAACCCUUAUCAAAAUCUACGCUUUGAAAGGAGCUUUUGAGAGGACAGAUCGUAUCUGUUUCCUGCUAUUUAGUUUUAACCUUGGAAUUUAUAAGAACAAGUUUGUAGGGCACACAGUUCAAAACAGUUCACUAUCUUAUCAUGGCCUCCUGUAGCAUACCAACAUAGCAAAAGACACUUUCAUGUGGUGUCCACCUUUUGUUCAGGACAGCAUCGGUAGGAGCAGCAGGGUUUCCCACUUUUCAUAAACAUGGAUCGAGUCUUCUGACUAAAGGGGUAGCCCUGGUUGGAAAACUCGACCAUAUAGGCUGAGCAGGGUUAUUAAGCAACCGCACACUUGUGUGGAUCUCUUUCAUGACUUAAACUCUAACCAGCUGACCACAGCAAGAUACAAGAGUCCAAAACUGAUGUAAUCCCAGUUUUCAAGUGCAGUCUUGAAGUGAUUGAUUUUUUAUAUAAGUCUAGUCUGAAAGUAUGUAAAAACUUAGAAAAUAGUCAAAACUGAAUUUAUUUUUAGCUGCUAAGCACAGGACCAUCGAGCCUUGAAUCAGUCUACAGAGUGUGGCUAACAUUAGCAGAGCAUCACCAGCAGUUUAACCUCCACAUGACAGUGCUGGUAAAACAGUCUCAUUUACCUGCUCAUUUUGACACUUUGUACAUGUUUCAUAUGAAAAGCUGUGUUUAUUAAAAAUUCAAAUUAUGACACUAUAUGUCUUGUUUGAUACUUGACUGUUUGGAUCCAUCCUUGACUUUCUAUCCAACCUAUUAUCAGUGACAUUUUCGCACAGUCAAAUUUGUAACAAGGUCUGCUUAUUCAUCUGAUGCAACCCAUUCCAGACUCUGUACCAAUGACAACUUUGUGUAUUUCUCCCAAAGGGUGUUGUUGGUCGACAGGCAGGAGAGUCGGCCUACAGAAUGGCUGGCCAGGAAAUUCUUCAAUGGCCUCACGUCUGUGUGCUCUACAUCCAUGGCCAUCCCGAUUGAAGUGGUGGCAAAAGCAAUGGUGUCAAACACUCUGAUUCAACCCGAGCAGAAGGCAGAGAUCCUGGAGCACAAAGACAUCACCGCUUUGGGAAAGAAAUAA